AUGGAUUGUGAUUCCUUCAAUGCUGCAGCAGAAGGCAAAAUCAAGGUCUUCAAAGAUAUCAUCACCGAUCAUCAAUCUCUUGAUCUCCUACUAACCCCAAAUAAAAAUACAGUCCUCCAUAUUUACAUCACAUCCCUCAAUUCCGGACUGAAGGAUCAGAAUCAAGAACAAACUUUAACCAAAUUUGUGGAAGAAAUUCUUGAAAUAUGUCCACCAUUGUUACGGCAAACCAAUGUCAAAGAUGAAACUCCAUUGCACAUUGCGGCAAGGUACGGGCAUGAUGACAUAGUAGAAGUUCUAAUCAAAUAUUGUGCCCAAACUCUCCCUCAAGACCCUAAAGGUGGGAUUGAAUCAGUAAAGGAAAUGCUUAGUAUGACUAACAAAGAAAAAGACACGGCUUUGCACGAGGCUGUACGUUAUAAUCACCUUAAGGUUGUAAAAUUGUUGAUCAAAACAGACCCAAAUUUUUCAUAUUCUGCUAAUAAUGCUGGUGAGACUCCACUUUACAUAGCUGCCGAGAGAGGAUUUGAAGAUGUGGUGAUCGAAAUUUUAGACAAAUGCAAAUCACCAAUGCAUGAGGGGCCCCUUGGUAGGACGGCUUUGCAUGCUGCCGUAAUAAGGAAUUAUGAAGGUAUAACCAGAAGAAUUCUGGAUAAAAUUGAAGGUAUAAGUAGAAUAGUCAACAAGGACGACUAUUGGACUCCGCUUCACUUCGCUGCAUACUUCACAAAUUAUCAGAUCAACUAUUCGACAGUUGCAAGGAUGUUGUUGGAUAAAGAUAGAGAAGUAGCAUACAAGAAAGACAAAGAGGGAAGGACAGCUCUUCAUAUUGCAGCUCAAGAGGGUAAUGUGCAUAUGGUGUCUCUCAUUGUAUCAAGGUGUCCAGAUUGUUGCGAACUGGUUGAUAAAAGAGGUUGGAAUGUACUCCAUUUUGCUUUCGAAGGAAAGUACCCCUCCUUGUUAGAGUAUACUAUCGAAGUUAUCUUAAGAAAUUCGUCUCUCAGCAACCUUUUGAAUGAGAAGAAUGCCGAUGGGGAUACACCUCUUCAUUUCUAUUCUAAUUUUGAGGGAUUAGCAAAGAAUUUCAUUGGUCACCCUCGAGUCGACAAGAUGGCUUUCAACCAAAAAAACCUCAGCGCAUGGAACAUCGCUGUUGCUAAUAUUGGAGAGUUCCCAAAAGAAAAGAAAUCUGAGAUUUGGAAGAACUUUCCGCAUCCACAACCUCAACGAGUAAUAGAUAAUUAUACCAUAAAACAAAAGGAGAAGAAGAAGAUCAGGGAGGAAAAGACGAGAACAAUGUUGAAGGACGCAUCCCAAGCUCAUUUGGUAGUGGGUGCACUCAUUACAACCGUGACCUUUGCAGCAUGUAUUACCAUGCCCGGGGGAUUCGUGGGUAGUGGAGAAGGCUCAUCACACCCAGGCUCUGCACUUCUCAGAAAAAAUGCUGCUUUCACAGCAUUUAUUAUAACAGAUACCAUAUCCAUGGUCUUGUCAAGUUCUGCUGUCUUUAUCCACCUAUUGAUUCCAAUUCUUAGCGACACGAGUCAUCACAGUGGUGAAAAACUUCUCUCUAUGGCCUUUCUGUUCAUUUUGGGGGCCAUGAUAGCAAUGGUGCUGGCAUUUGUCACCGGCACAUUUGUUGUGUUAAUGCCUUCCUUGGGUCUUGCCAUUGCCAAUUGUUUCAUUGGCUUAACCUUCUUCGCUAUCAUCUUUUUUGUGUUUCCAAAAUUUGUGUUCUCAUAAAUAACAGGCCAGUGAAAGUUCGUUUA